UUGAAACCCCCCCUUAUCAGACUAAAAUUACAGAUCCUACCCUCCUCUUCUUCUUCUUCACACUAAAAUAUUUUAUCAAUUCUCAAAACCCAAUUUCCCUUUCUAUAUUCGUCCCUUUGCUUCGAUUCGCUGAACAAAUAGCAAUUCAAUUGAGCUUUUAAGUUGAAUUCUUGAACAAAUUUAAAAAGGAAUUUACAAUAUGGGAAGUCCAAAUAAAGAUCAGAAUAAAGGGUUUUUCUCAGCGAUGACCUCGGGUUUAUCUUUGUUUGGCAACGCCAUGCACAGAUCUGUCAACGGGUUACUUGGCUAUGAAGGGGUAGAAGUCAUACAUCCAGAAGGAGGAAAAGAAGAUGCUGAGGAGGAAGCUCAUAGAGGAAGAUGGAAGCAGGAGGAGCGAGAGAGCUACUGGAAAAUGAUGCACAAAUAUAUAGGUUCAGAUGUUACAUCAAUGGUGACUCUUCCUGUCCUCAUAUUUGAACCGAUGACUAUGCUUCAAAAAAUGGCCGAGUUGAUGGAAUACUCCUACUUAUUGGACCGAGCAGACGAAUGUGAGGACCCCUAUCUCCGGCUGGUAUACGCCUCAUCAUGGGCUAUAUCUGUGUACUAUGCCUACCAACGUACAUGGAAACCUUUUAAUCCUAUUAUUGGGGAAACAUAUGAGCUGGUUAAUCAUGAAGGGAUUACAUUCAUUUCUGAACAGGUCAGUCAUCAUCCUCCAAUGAGUGCUGGGCAUGCUGAAAAUGAACAUUUUACUUAUGAUGUCACUUCAAAGUUAAAGACAAAAUUUUUAGGAAAUUCUCUUGAUGUUUAUCCUGUUGGAAGAACACGCGUUACUCUUAAAAGAGAUGGGGUCGUUUUAGAUUUGGUGCCUCCUCCCACCAAGGUUAACAAUCUGAUUUUUGGACGAACUUGGGUUGAUUCACCAGGAGAGAUGAUCAUGACGAAUUUGACUACUGGGGACAAAGUUGUGCUUUAUUUUCAACCAUGUGGCUGGUUUGGAGCUGGUCGUUAUGAAGUGGAUGGUUAUGUUUAUAAUGCUGCUGAGGAACCUAAAAUAUUGAUGACAGGGAAGUGGAAUGAGUCAAUGAGUUAUCAGCCAUGUGAUAUGGAAGGAGAACCUCUUCAGGGCACAGAAUUGAAAGAGGUGUGGCAUGUUGCUGAUACUCCAAAAAACGACAAAUUCCAGUUUACAUAUUUUGCACACAAAAUAAAUAGCUUUGACACUGCCCCUAAGAAGUUGCUAGCAUCAGACUCUCGUCUCCGGCCUGAUAGAUUUGCACUUGAGAAGGGUGAUUUAUCCAAGGCCGGUUCUGAGAAGAGCAGGUUGGAAGAGAGGCAGAGAGCGGAAAAGAGGACACGAGAGGCCAAGGGACAUCAGUUUACUCCUAGAUGGUUUGAUUUGACAGAUGAAAUCUCAGCCACACCUUGGGGUGACCUGGAAAUCUAUCGCUUCAAUGGCAAAUACACGGAGCAUCGGGCUACUGUAGAUAGCUCAGACGGCAUUGAUGAGGUUGACUUGGCUUCAAUCGAGUUCAACCCAUGGCAGUAUGGUAACUUGUCAACUGAAUAGGUAUUGGUGUUUUAAUGUAUACUUCUAAAACUUGGCAGUUAGUAACCGUUUGGUGUUAUAUGUUAGAAGCAAUAUGUUGUUGGCAUGUGUGCGUUGUACCGCAUUCCAUAAUCCCAUCAUAAUCACCCCUGGGGAAAUUUGAAACUGUUUCAGAACACUUUUUCAUCA